AUGGCCAGCUUCAUCGAAGACCUCUGGACCUCAGUCUUCACCCCCGGCCCCACACCCACGCUGCUGAUAGCCACCAACGCGGCCUUCGCCGCCCUUCAGGCCGUCCUCUUCGCGCUCUUGAUCGCAACCUACAGCAUCCACUUCGCCAUCCUCUCGUUCCUCACUGCAGGCCUAUGGUGGGCGAUCAACUGGUUUGCAGCCGAGCUGCGCGCAGCGCAGGCGAAGGAGGAAGAAGCCAAGAGGAUCAGGGAGAGCGAGAAAGAGCGGAGGUCACCUAAGCCCGACCAGAAGACGCCGGUGGGUCGUGGUGAAGGGGAAUCGGAGGGCAUGGACAGUGGAGACGACACCGAGGUGGACAAUGAUGCUGAAGAAAAGCAUGGCAGCAAACGGCCAAGCGGGCACGACGAGCUACUGAGGCCACUCCCUACUCCUCCGAGUGGGCGGAUUGAAAGCCGGCAGGCUCCGCUAGGCGGUCUACAAAUGAGUCCUGAAUCGAGCGGCAUGGCUACUGGGUACGUCGGGAUGACCAGCCUGGAGCCGUUUGGAGACGAUGCAUCGAGGAAGCGAGGAAGCGUUUCUGGGAGUCAGAGUGGAAUGAGUACGGAUAGCGAGUGGGAGAAGGUCGAGGGUGACAGAUGA